AGUGGAGUGCCAAGAGCUGACACGCAGUACUUUUGAAAAAAAUCCACUUUUAAUCAAUUACAGCGAAAGUUUUGCCAAGUGCGCCGUACAGAUUUGAAGAUUUUGAUCUUUUUAAAACAGAAUUUGUUGACAUUUGUACAAGUUAAUUUCUAAGUUUGUUUUGUCGUUAUCUUUUUGUGAUAUAAAGUGAAGGCAUUCAUCGUAACUACGGGAGGUCAUCGUGCUUCGAAAUGAUUUAAAAUGGAAUGCUACGAGUUUAAGUAGAAAAAAAACUACCGUUUGAUUCUUAGGUAAAGUUUGAUUUUAUCACAUUGAAUAAACAUUUUCAUAUUAAUUUCGAAAAAAGAAAACAUUUCAUGAUGAUGAUGACGGCAGAAUACAGAAGCUGCCGAUAUGAACCUAAUAAUUUUGCCUCCUUUGGAAGCUCGUCUGCUGGUAGUAACACUAAUUUAUCGGAAUCUAGACAUUUAACUGAUUUAUCUUAUUCCCAUGGUAGUUCAACUCAUGAAUUCUACAAUUCCGCUUCCUUAUCAUAUCACAAUCGUCCAUUUGAGCGUCCCUACACCGAUCAUUAUUCUCCAUAUCAAAACACUGCCAACAACACUUCAAGGAACUACUUUAACUCGCACGUUAAUCGCACGCGCUGUCUGUCGUCUGCAAAAGAAAAACAAACGGAACAAAAAAGACAGGAAUCCGACCCAAAAAUGAUGAUUAAGGAAGAAAGAAAUGAAAGUGAACUAGAUAAAAAUCAUAACAUUGUGAAUGAAAAUUCAAAUUCUUCGUCGUUAUGUGGAGAUGAUGAUAUGGAUUUAAAUACUUCUGAAGAUGGAGAAGACCCUGUUCAGCAUGUUUUAGCACCAGGAUUUCAUGGACCAAACAGGAGAUGUCUUUUGUGGGCCUGCAAAGCUUGUAAACGCAAGACAGUAACAAUUGAUCGUCGAAAAGCAGCUACAAUGAGAGAAAGGCGGAGAUUGCGUAAAGUGAAUGAAGCUUUUGAAACAUUAAAACGACGAACAUGUCCAAAUCCGAAUCAAAGACUUCCGAAAGUAGAGAUCUUACGAAACGCCAUCGAUUAUAUAGAAAGUUUAGAAGAAAUGUUACAUGGCAACAGAAUGGGAAGAAAUGUAGAUGAACAUAUAAAUGACAACGGAUCAACAAGCAGUGGUUCCGACUAUAUGACAGUAAACAGUCCACAUUAUUAUCAGGACAAAUUCCAUCAGAUGGGAGAAUCACAGAACAACUUUGGACAAAAUAGAGCAUACGACCAGCAACAGCAACAACAACACUCCAGCAGCGUAUCAAGUCUGGACUGUCUGUCAUUAAUAGUAGAAAGUAUCAGCCCAAACGCAGCAUCAUCUAUGAACUUAAACACUAUGUCGUCUGCUGAGCGGCCAUUGUAAAUGUUACACCGUUGUUGAUUGGACUAAAACUAUGCAAAUAUGGAUAAAAGGAAACACGAAUGAACACAUUAUAUGUUUUCAGACACGAGUGCGAUGAAAGGGACACUUUACAAUACGUAUUAUUCGCUAU